GCCGCAGGCAAGGGGGCGGCGCGGGGCCUCUGCUGAAAGCCGAUGGGGCGCCGGAGAGCGGGGCGCCGGAGCGCCCAGCAGGCGAGCACCUGACACGGCUGAGGACGGCUCCGCUGCCAGCGGGCAGCCCUGAAAUGGCGAAAGCUCCCCUCUCAGCUGGCCCGUGCCGAUUUGGUGGCGCUCAGCGGCACAUGCAGAGUGUUCUCAGAGACUCUGUAGAGAGCUCCGAUGAGGAAUUCUUUGAUGCGCGGGAAGAGAUGGUGGAAGGAAAAAAUGCUAUUCUCAUAGGCAUGAGCCAGUGGAACUCAAAUGACCUUGUUGAGCAGAUAGAAACAAUUGGGAAGCUUGAAGAAAAUCAAGGUGAAUUGUAUAGAACCUCUUUAAGAAAACAAAGGUUCCCUGCGCAAGGCAGUAUUGAAAUACAUGAGGACAAUGAGGAAGGAGUUCAGCACCAGAACUGCAAAACUCAUGUGUUAAUUUUGAUCCUACAUGGGGGGAACAUAUUAGACACUGGAAGUGGGGACCACAGCAGCAAGCUGGCAGACAUCAACACCUUCAGUUCUGUGUUUGAGAAAGUGACCCGAGCCCAUUUCCCUUCCUCUUUGGGCCACGUCUUAAUAAGACUUGUUCCCUGCCCAGCAAUUUGUUCAGCAGCUUUCUCUCUUGUUUCCAGCCUAAAUCCCUACAGCUAUGAUGAGAGCUGUCUCAGCAGCAGUGAAGACCACAUCCCACUGGCUGCCUUGCCUUUGCUGGCUGUUUCAUCUCCUCAGUACCAGGAUGCAGUUGCCAUGGUGAUCAGUAGAGCCAAUCAAGUCUAUAAUGAGUUUCUCAAAUCUACUGAUGGAGCUGGUUUUAAUGGACAGGUGUGUCUUAUAGGUGACUGCAUUGGAGGAAUUUUGGGCUUUGAUGCCAUCUGCUAUAAUUCUAAUACAGCUUACGAGAGUCGGAACAGUAGCAGGAGAGGAAGCAUCAGCAGCAUCCAGGAUAAUCCACUCUUAGCAGAGGACUCCAGUCUGGGUGACAGCAAACACCUGAGCAAAAGCAAUAUUGAUCUCUCGGGAAUCAUGGAGGAUGAGAAGCAGAGGCCACCGCUGCCCCGGAAACAGAGUGACUCAUCCACUUAUGAGUGUGAUACCAUAACCCAGCAUCACGCCUUCCUGUCCAGCAUCCACUCAAGCGUGUUGAAAGAUGGUGCAGAACUUCCUCCUGUGGAUUCCAGUUUCUCAGAAGUAAAUCUGGGCCGAUUUGAAUUUGAGGUGUCUGAUUUCUUCCUUUUUGGAUCACCACUUGGUUUGGUGCUGGCCAUGAGGAGCACUGUUCUGCCUGGUCUGGAUGUAUGCCAGGUCCGACCAGCCUGCAGCCAAGUUUACAGCUUCUUUCACUCUGCUGACCCCUCUGCCUGCAGACUUGAACCGUUGUUGGAGAAAAGAUUCCAUCUCCUUCCUCCAUUCAGUGUCCCACGGUACCAGAGAUACCCACUAGGGGAUGGAAGAUCUCACCAGUUAGGUGAUGCUCUCCACAAUCACAGUGGCCUGUUCCUUGAGACUAGCUCUUUGAACAUACCUUUCUCUCAGGAGAGUCCAGGAUCUCCAAAUGCAUCUGAUCAACCACAAGGGAAAACAAGAAAGUUGAGCUUGGCCAGCACAAACAGUGAAAACUCGGGGUCAACUGAAAGCUUGCCAUCAGCAUGCCUCACCAACAUUACUGCAAAGUGGUGGGGAACAAAACGAAUAGAUUAUGCCUUGUAUUGUCCAGAUGUGCUGACAGCCUUUCCAACAGUGGCCCUGCCACAUCUCUUUCAUGCCAGCUAUUGGGAAUCAACAGAUGUUGUGGCCUUCAUCUUAAGACAGGUGAUGAGGUAUGAAAAUGUAAAUUUCAAGGAAAAUGACAACCUGGAUCCAGAAACACUAAGUCCAUCCAAUCCACGAGAAAAAUGGCUACGCAAAAGGACACAUGUCAAAUUGAGGAAUGUGACUGCUAAUCACCGAGCUAAUGAUGUCAUUGCAGCAGAAGAUGGUCCUCAGGUACUAGUUGGGCGCUUUAUGUAUGGACCUCUGGACAUGGUGGCUUUAACAGGUGAAAAGGUGGAUAUCUUCAUAAUGACUGAGCCAUCUUCGGGCAGGUGGGUGUAUUUUGACACAGAGAUAUCCAACAGCAGUGGACGAAUAUCCUACAAUAUACCUGAACAGAAGAGACUGAGAGUUGGUGUGUAUCCCAUCAAAAUGGUGGUCAGAGGGGACCAGAGCAGUGCAGCAAGUUACCUGACUGUACUGCCCCGAGGAAUGGAAUGUGUUGUGUUCAGCAUUGAUGGCUCCUUUGCAGCAAGUGUUUCAAUUAUGGGAAGUGACCCCAAAGUCCGAGCGGGGGCCGUUGAUGUUGUCAGGCAUUGGCAGGACCUGGGAUAUCUGAUUAUCUAUAUCACCGGCCGUCCAGAUAUGCAGAAACAGCGUGUAGUUUCGUGGUUGUCCCAACACAAUUUCCCACAAGGGAUGAUCUUCUUCUCAGAUGGACUCGUUCAUGACCCACUGCGACAAAAGACCAUUUUUCUCCGGAAUCUCAUGCAAGAGUGCCACAUCAAAAUCUGUGCCGCAUAUGGUUCCAUGAAGGAUAUUUCUGUGUACAGUGUCUUGGCUCUGUCACCAUCCCAGAUCUACAUAGUUGGACGAUCCACAAAGAAAUACCAGGCACAGUGCCAAUUCCUCAGUGAAGGUUAUGCAGCCCACUUGGCCUCGCUGGAGUUCAGUCUCCAUUCACGACCCAAAAAGAACAACUCUCGGAUGAUCUUGAGAAAAGGCAGCUUUGGCCUCCACUCGCAGCCUGAGUUUUUGCGCAAGAGAAACCACCUCCGCAGGACUAUGUCUGUACAGCAACCUGACCCACCUUCUUUAAACCCCAAGCCAGAGCGUGCUCAGAGCCAGCCUGAAUCAGACAAAGAUCAUGACAGGCAUUUUCCUUCCAUUGCUUGGGUUCGAGGUGGAGUUCACAAAUUUGAAUCUAUUCCCUAGGAGGAUUGGGACUGUAGAUCUUGGAUGCACCCCAUAAAACUUGUAGGCAUGCCUAAAAGGUAGUAUUUAGGCAGCUCCAAAUUAAGAGAGGUGGACAGGAAUUUGUACCUUGGAGUCUUCCCUGUUCUGAAAUCUGCCUUCUUAUACCAACUGGGGCACUUCCAGUCUCUUCCUCUUAUCAUGUUUAUUGGGGAAGUUUAAAACAAUCUAAAACUACCACAAGUUUAUCAUCAUAGCAACAGGUUAUUUUUGGGAACAAAUAUAAUAUGUGCAGUAAGAGGAAAAGAUACUGAUUUUGCUCAGGAUUGUGGUAUCAGCUAAUUAGCUGCACCCAAACCAGCAUCAAGGGUAGGUCCUGUAGGUUACAGAGGAGGUUUACACUUUAAACUUUAAGUAGUCAUGUCUGUUUCCACUUCACUUUUCAAUAAAAGUGAUAAAAGGGAAGCAGCAGAGGGAGCUACAAUAACAGGUGGUUAGGACUUCUACAACAAGAUGCUUUCUGGGUGCCUUAAACCCACGGUUUUCUUUCAGCCUACAGUGUUGGUCAACAGAUUCCAACAUGGGCCCUCACUGGACAAAUUAAUGUGAAAACUUCACUUGUGAACCAAACAUAAAAACUUCAUAUUAAAAAUAAAUGUCAGCCACAGUUUGAAUACAGUGUUGUUGUAACCAAAGUAGUGUGCAACUGUACAAAGAUCACAUUGUUUUUGGAACUCAAUGACUGUGCAAAAAUGUGUGUACUACUCCAAAGAAGAUGGCUCUGAUGAUCUCAGUCUGAGAGUCAGAUCCUAAGAGGGCAAGCUAAAAGGAACCGUUUACUAAGGGAUCUGCAAACUUCGGGGCAAUUGCUUUUUAAUUAUUCAAACUAGAAUAUUUACACUGGAGGGGAAAAAAAGUAAUUAAGUAAAUUGAUAAAUUGUUUACCUUCUCAUGCUUCACAGCAACUGCUGCAUUAAGACAAUCUGUAGCAUUCAAAAUUAUAGCAUUUGAGCUUCAUAGAGUGGACAUGCAAAAAUACAGGUGCCACACAGACAUUUCUCUACUGAUUUAAAUUUCUCUCUGAUCUCUCAAUGGACUUACUAGAAGUAAAAUGUGUGAUGCUUUCCCUAAGUUGUGAUAUUUCCAGAGUGUUACAGUUACUUUAACAUAGUAGCAGUUUGCAGAUUCUUCAUGCAGAGAAUUUUAAUGACUGAACUGACGCAUGUUUUAAAACCUGCAAUGAAGUUACAAGUGCACAUAAAACCCCCUUUUUUUUAGAGUUAAAAACAUACUAUUGACACUGAGAAACCUUGAAGUCAAAAGAACAUUCCUUUUUCAGGUUUGUUGUUUGUUUUUUAUUCAGGGAAUUGGGGUAGAGAGGGUUUGGUGCCUCUCCAUCCCCCUUUCAGGUUCUGCUAGACCAGACAGAGUCUCUCACCAAGUCGGUUAAUGAUUUUGAAAGUUAAUGUGUAAAACAAUAAAUGCAAUGGAAAACUAUUAAGACAGUUCAGAAGUAAAGUAAGUCUGUACUUUCUGUUAACCAUGAAGUUUCAGUAGACUUUUGGAAUGGUGUAAGAGUGUAGCUUUUGCCAUAAGAGGCAGCAAAAUAGGUUAUAAGUGGAGAUGUUUGAUUUAUAUUUUCAGAUAUUACUUGGCAGGAUUGUCAGUUACCUAUUUCAAACUUCCUGAAAUAUCUCUGGCACAUUAGAAGUUGGUUGUUUUGUUUUGUUUUGUUUUGUUUUCUAAUGCUUCCUUUAAGGCAAAGGGUAAUCUCUGCUGAAGAUUAAGGAAAGAUGUAAAAUGUUUGGUAGCAAACACUCUGUGAGAGCAGGUAAAUAUGUUACAAGGGGCUAGGGUUUUGUGAUCUGUUGCUGCAAAAGCUAAAUGAAAGAUAGCUUGCAAACUACAUCGAAACACUCUUAACAAAUUACAAAUGCUUUCCCAGUAGUGUCAUAGUUCUUGAGCCCAUGAAGUUGGAGGAAUUAUUCCAUGUUCUGUCUCAGCCCACUGCACAUACUAACUCUAGUCACAUAGUCCAUUUCUUCUCUGCUUUGCACCAUGAUGAGGUUGCACAGGUGCACCAGCCUCCAUCUCCUUCUAGUGAAUUUACUGUUAGCCUGCUCCUCCUUGUUAGUUUCAAAUAGGCAUGGGAAUACAAGGCUUGUGAGAGGAACUUACUAGGAAAAUGUUAAGUUUGAUGAGGGGUCUAGAAUAUUGACUGAUUGAAAAGUUUUUUUUAAUCAUUGGAUGUUGUUUAGCAUGUCUCCUGACUGUAAUUGCUAUUCCUGUUUAAAGCUACUGUUGUUUUAGCCAUCUACCUCUAUCACCCAAGAGACUUGAAAACCUAUUUUUUUUGUUCAGUUGCUGUAGUAGAAAGGUCUACUUCCUUUCAAAAGAGGGAUCUGUGUGUAAUUCCGUGACUGUAUUGAAGGAAAUAGUGUCUAAGUACAAAGUUAGAAAAAUCUCCUAGGUUAUAAAGGGGUGUCUUUUACUCUUGGAGACAUAAUGUCAUUUUACAGGGUUCCAUGUCAUCAAGACUCCGAUUUUGUGUAUUUCUGUUAAUAGCUGGCUCACCUUCACAGUAGUCACUGUGCUGGCUUCCCUUAAGAGUAUUAGGAGCUAAUAGCAGUAAAACAAGUGUGUGUGUGUGCAUGUGUGUAUAUGAUUUAGUGUGGUAACAAUUUCAACGUUUCUACACAUGGUAUUAAAAUCAUGAAAAUACUCUCCCUAAAUUUUUCAUACAAUGUAUGAGAGCUUAUAUAUCCUUUGCUUAAUUCCAGCACUGCUGAUUGCUCAUGGCUAGAAUGGUUUAUCUUGUGAUCCCACACUCCAGCUGUGCACUUUGGCAAAAUAGUGACACAGGCUUCUUAGUUACACACUUUGUCCACAUGAAACUGCAUUCAGUCAUUCUCAGGCAUUCAGCUUGCAAUUGGAUUUCAGUUUUACUUGUGUAUUCAUGGAAGAUCAGUCCCCUAGGAAGCCAUUCACUGAGGGUAAGUUUGAUCCUACAGUCAUCUUAUUCUUGAUUGCAAGUCAUCAUUGCUGCAGUUUCUGUGCAGUCAGCACGCACUUAAACUACACAGACUAUGGAAGUGUUUUAGCAUACACAGAAGGGACAGUGAAGUCAGGUGGGUGUGCCCACUAAACAUACAUUAGACUCGUCAGUUGUUUCAGCACCGUCUUUUGUUUAGUGCCUCCAGUGUGUAACAGAAAAGCACAUUCUUUUAACGGGCUGAAUGGAGGAAGCAUAAAUGAAAUUGUAAAACACAAAAUCAUUAGUCCAGUGGGUGCUAAGGGUACAGUACAAGUAUGCCACAGUUGGCAGCAUGUACUUCUUUGUCCUGUUGAUAUGGAUCCAUUUUAAAUUACUGUAAAAAAUGGCUGUGAUAAAUAGCAGUGGUAGAGUUAUUUGAGAUAUUGUGAAAACACACCUUCACAACUGUGGUGUUUUGGUUUUGUCUGUGUGAA